AGAAGCGUGUAUCAAAACACGAGUGUGCCGAAUGCUACAAGUCAUGUACUGUCUGGUGUGUAUAGCGAUUGAGGUUCAUGCUUUGUAACUCUAGUACCACGCAGAGAAAAAGGAGGGACAAUUUAGGCCUAAACUAAAGAGAAAAAGUUUCGAGAUGAACGGGCCAAAGCCGAGUUAACUUGCUAUACAGAACAGUAUCAGUCCUGGCGAUCGUGCGGAGCCGCAGGAUGAGACGGAGACGAUUGAACGUAGUAGCUUUGAUUGCCAUUUGUUGUGUCCCCGCUCUAUUGUUUGUGUACUUGGUGUCGUCCGAGGGAGAUGUUACCUCCGACAAUUUUUUGGGUUUUACCAGACGUGAGGCUAAACUAGCAGAAAGAGUGAGAGAGGUUGAGGCACAGAACCAGCUAUUACGAAGACAGCUCAGUAUUUCACAGAAUCAUCUCAUGAACUUUAUAGUUGAAGCACAGCAAAAUGGAAGUAAUGUUCAUUCAGGCAAAGAAUCCUUAGGAAACAUUGAAAGACAGGAGAAGAAUGGAGAAAGGUCAUUUGUUUGUGUCAACCCAGAACCUGAAGUGCCAAAAUGUGAAGUGAUUCAUGUAUCCAUUGUUUGCGCUGGCUACAAUUCUAGCAGAUCUGUUGUAACUCUAAUUAAAAGUAUUCUUUUUUAUCGAAAAAAUCCCUUGCACUUUCAUUUUAUCUCUGAUUCAGCAGCUCAGCUUAUACUACAAACAUUGUUUUAUACAUGGAAUGUUCCUGGAGUUGAUGUCAGUUUUUACCUGGCCGACAAUGUACAAGGAGAGGUGUCAUGGGUUCCCAACAAACAUUAUUCUGGAGUCUAUGGUUUGAUGAAGUUGGUGUUAACGAAAGCUUUACCUGAUGUUUUAGAGAAGAUUAUUGUUUUAGAUACAGAUGUUACUUUUGCCACGGAUAUUGCAGAACUUUGGAGGAUUUUCCACAAAUUCACCUCAAAACAAGCCAUUGGCUUAGUUGAAAACCAGAGUGAUUGGUAUUUAGGAAAACUGUGGAAAAAUCAUCGGCCAUGGCCUGCUUUGGGUCGUGGUUUCAACACUGGGGUCAUCCUUCUUCAUCUUCAGCGGCUAAGAGAGAUCUCAUGGAUGCAGAUGUGGAGGUUGAUAGCAGAGAAGGAGUUGCUGAGCAUGUUGUCCACUUCUCUUGCUGACCAGGAUAUAAUAAAUGCUGUGUUGAAGCAGCAUCCUUACUUAAUUUAUCGUCUUCCUUGCCAAUGGAAUGUCCAAUUAAGUGAUAAUACAUUAAGUGAGCUGUGCUACACAGAAGUUCAAGACUUAAAGGUGAUACACUGGAACUCUCCGAAGAAAUUGAAAGUGAAAAACAAGCAUGUUGAGUUUUUCCGUAAUCUCUAUUUAACUUUCCUUGAGUAUGAUGGAAAUUUGUUACGUCGAGAGUUGAUAGGCUGUAAUAAUACCAGAAGUACACGUGUGCAAGAAGUAUUAAAUGCCAUUGACGAAGAUGACCCCUGCUAUGAAUUCAGAAGGGCAAGAGUAGUAGAACACAGAACUCACUUGUAUUAUAUUGAAUAUGAUUAUGAACCUUCUCCAGAAGGAAAUGAUGUUACUCUAGUAGCUCAGUUGUCUAUGGACAGACUACAAAUGGUAGAAGCUCUUUGUAAACAUUGGGAUGGCCCCAUCAGUUUAGCCCUGUAUAUGUCUGACUCCGAAGUUCAGCAGUUUCUAAGUUAUACCUUAAGUUCAGAAAUUCUUCAGAGCCGGAAAAAUGUUGGUUAUCAUAUUGUGUACCGAGAAGGGCCAUUUUAUCCAGUGAAUCUUCUAAGAAAUGUGGCCUUACAACAAGUGACGACACCUUUUCUUUUUCUUACUGAUAUUGACUUUUUACCUAUGUACGGAUUGUAUGACUAUUUGAAAAAGUCUGUCUCAGCACUGGGAUUGGAGUCUUCUAAGAAAGCUCUUGUUGUUCCUGCAUUUGAAACCCAACGAUACCGGUUAUCCUUUCCUAAGUCCAAAGCUGAACUUCUUUCCAUGUUGGAUAUGGGUACAUUGUUCACAUUUAGAUAUCAUGUGUGGACUCGUGGACAUAGUCCCACUAACUAUGCCAAAUGGAGAACAGCUACCACUCCAUACAGAGUUUUGUGGGAACCUGAUUUUGAACCGUAUAUUGUAGUUCGCCGAGAUAUUCCCGAGUAUGAUAGACGUUUUGUGGGGUUUGGAUGGAACAAAGUGUCUCACAUCAUGGAACUUUAUGCACAAGGGUUUGAAUUCAUUGUGCUUCCUAAUGCUUUCAUUGUGCACAUGCCACAUGCCCCAAGUUUUGAUAUUGCCAAGUUUAGGUCAAGUUCUCAGUACAGAAAGUGUUUGAAGAUACUGAAACAGGAGUUUGUCAAGGAUUUGUCAAAAAGAUACAGUAAACAGUUCACCGUUGAGAAACGUAAAUUGAAAAGGUAGCAAUGCUGUGUUAUAGUACAGGAAACAUAUUUAUAUGAGUCAAUUCUGCGGGUCAUCGGUGCUUAAAUGUGGAAGUUCCUGGGUCUACCAUGUGUUGGCCCUACUACAUAUUUCGUAAAUGACUGUUGAUUGUAUACAAACAUGGAUUACUCCCCAAAACAUUGACUUUUUAAAAACAUGAGAGCACCUUUGUGUGUUUUCCAAGUAAGUGAGACUUACCAAAUUCAUCUGCCAAAUGGUUUAAUUACUCAUCAGCUUUUGUGAUUGUGGUUAAUCGAUCUUCUAAAGUUUCUGUCAUGCCGACAUCACCCUACGAAGUAGGCUCCGAUUGAGCCUGUUUCGAUUAUACAAAGGAGGUUUCAUGAUGGUGCCCAGAAAUGUUUUUCAUAGUAAGUCUGACUAAAAUCAUGAAAGAAAAGUAAAACAAGAGACCAAUAAGCAUGUAUAAUGAUCCUCAUAACUUAUAUUACCCUAAUGUAAAAAAUAAAUAAAAAGUUCUGAGAAGC